AUGUCAUCAUCUCAUAUCAACCUAGUUGAUGAAGUAAUCAUGAUGCAACUUUUUUUUAAUGAAAAACAACGAUUGUUGAAAAGAAUUCACAUAAAACUGCAAUGUUCUAACUUUGGCGUCAUACAUGAGCAACUUUUAUUCGAGAAAGCUUUCACAAAACUAGCAGAUUUUGAUAAUUUGUCUGAAAUAAAAGAGUAG